AUGUGUAGCGAAGAAGAAGAUAUUAAUUUAACACCACCCAAAUUAACAGUUAAAAAACAAAUAAAACACAGGGCACAGAAGUUUCGGUUAGAAUGGCUUAAUGUUGAAGAAUUCAAAACAUGGUUGUGUCCUGUUAAUGACGAUCCCUUUAAAGCUAAGUGUAAGUUAUGCAAUUGCACAAUGGUCGCUGAGUUGAAGAACAUUAAAUCGCACGGUAAAGGGAUUAGUCACAGGAAAAUUGUAGCUUGUAAGGAAAUUAAAAAAAAACCAUGUAAAGCAAUAGCAUCUUUUACUACAAGAAAAACUGACUCGAAGUUUGAUUUUGAAGUUAAGUCGGCAGAGAUCAAACUAACAGCGUUUAUAGCCGAACAUAAUAUAGCAUUUUUAGCUGCAGACCACCUUGUUGAUGUUUUGAAAAGUUGUUUUCCUGAUUCAAACAUAGCUAAAAGUCUAAAAAUGAAGAGAACAAAAGUAACUGCCAUCACAUCAAAUGUUAUUGGAGCAGCUCAAAAAUAUAGUUUGACAGAAUACUUAAAAACUGUCAAAUUCAGCAUACUGACUGAUGAAUCUACCGACAUAGGUACUAUAAAGACAUCCUGCGUUGUGCUGAGUUUUUUUGAUAAAAAUACCGCAAAAAUAGAAAGCAAGUUUUGGGAUCUUUAUGAAGUUUACAAUUCUAAAAAUCCCGGCAAAGCUACAGCUGAAAAGCUAUUUAAUGGGUUGUUAGAAUCACUUACAUCUCAUAAUAUUCCAAAAAGAAAUGUAAUUGGUUUUGGCAGUGAUGGAUGCCAAUGA